GAGGAAGCAGGCGAGAAGCAAAGCCUGGCGACGGGAGCACGUGGAGUCGCGCGCGCGGGAGACGGCCAGGCCUCCCCGCUCGCCCGCCCCGGGAGGAGCCGUCCGCAAGUGUGUCCGCGAUGGCAAGUGUGCUGUCCAGGAGGCUGGGGAAGCGGUCCCUGUUGGGUGCCCGCAUUUCUGCACCCCCUUUGCUGGGGGAUGGGAUGCUUAUGACAACUCAGGUUCAUCCCCUGCAGCCGGAACACCGCAAAGCACCCCCUCACCUUGUUUCAUAUGAGGAUGGCCACUUCAAGGAACAUGUUGAAGACUCUGGCAGUCAGAACCAAAAUUGGCCAGUGCUGCGACCUGGCCAAAAGGUAUAUGUCUUUUACAAUGGACAAGAGAGUGCUGGGCUGGUGGAGUGCCAUGACCUGGUCAGUCAUGAAGUGAAGGUGUUGCUCCUGGAAAAGGGGCUAUAUGUCAGUAGGAAAGCUGAGGAAGUGAGGCUGGCUGAAGUUGGGGCAUCACCUCUCCCCAAACUGGAGAUGGACCAUGGAAGCCCCACAACAAUGGACUACAGUGCGACCCCUGUGGUGAUGGAGCAUUGCACAUCUGCAGCAGAUAUUGCCAUGACAUCUAGUUUGAGAUCAGUUUCUAGGAAUAUCGAUGUGCCAAAAAGGAAACCAGAUGCUGCAGUAGAGAUGGAUGAGAUGAUGGCAGCAAUGGUGUUAACCAGCUUAUCCUGUAGUCCUGUGGUGCAGAGUCCUCCUAACAGUGAUGCCAGCAUCUCAACAUCCCAAGCAACCUGCGAUGCCUGGAAAGAGAGUGGUGACAUGUCGGAUGGCGGGAGCAGUACCACUAGUGGGCACUGGAGUGGUAUCUCCACCCCUUCUCCCCCACACUCAGAGGCCAGCCCCAAGUACUCAAACGAGGCCUUCAGUUCUCCUCGGGCUGAUGAUGGCUUUGAGACAGACUCGGAUCCCUUUCUCUUUGAAGAGCCUGCUCCAAGGAAAAGAAAGAACUCAGUGAAAGUGAUGUACAAAUGCUUGUGGCCCAGCUGUGGCAAAGUCCUUCGCUCCAUUGUUGGGAUUAAGAGGCACGUGAAGACCCAGCAUCUGGGAGAUGGUGCCAACUCUGACCAGAGAAAACGGGAAGAGGAUUUUUACUACACUGAGAUGCAAGUGAAGGAAGAGGCACCUCCAGAACCUUCAGCAGCUGCUCCCAGUCCCACUGCAGGGUCCUCUCCCAUAGUCAUCCAGCCGGCUCCCUCUCAGCCAGAGGCUCUCAUUCUGGAUCAGGCAACCCCCUUGGAGCCUCAUCUGCCCAGCAGUGCCCUCAGCCAGUCUGCCCCCAGCUCUUUUUGGCACAUCCAGGCUGACCAUGCAUACCAGGCUCUGCCAUCUAUUCAGAUUCCGGUAUCCCCACACAUAUUCACCAGCAUCAGCUGGGCUGCUGCGACCUCAACCAUCCCCACCCUCUCACCGGUUCGAAGCCGGUCCUUGAGUUUCAGUGAACAGCCGCCCCCACCUCCAGUGCUGAAAUCCCACCUGAUUGUUGCAUCCCCCCCAAGAGCCCCCAGUGGCACUAGAAAAGUUCGUGGUGAAGCCAAGAAGUGCCGCAAAGUUUAUGGCAUCGAGCACCGAGACCAGUGGUGCACAGCCUGCCGAUGGAAAAAAGCAUGCCAGAGAUUUUUGGACUGAGAAGGAUGUAUCUACAUUCACACCCCUUUCUGGUGGGAAGCCUCAGAGAGCUCUCUCUCGCAGUUAUCCAAGAGCUAAUAGCCAGAUCUCUGUAUUUUUGCCACGUCCUGGGCUCCGUGGCCUUGGAAGCAAUUCCUGGUGCUUUGGCAGAAAUCUUGCGAGCCGCGUGUUUAUCCCAAGCUCUGUAUAGUCUACGUCUGCCAGGUUUUCUAAUGUUCAGUGUUUUGUGGGGAAGCUUUUUCUACACACAUUUUCUUUUUUAAACCGACAAAUAACACAGAGCCUCCCUUUCUAUCUGUAAAUAAGGGGGACAAAGGCAAAAAAAAAAAAAGCUGAUUGCUCGAUAUAUCUUACAGACUUGUUUCUAGGUGGGUCCAGGGACCAAAGAACUUUGAUCUGUUCCCCGGUAUGAGGGUGACGUUGGCUGUGUGGUUGGAUCAAUGACUGCAAUAUGGAGCAGAGGAGCACCUGUUUCACCUCCCCUGAAGUCACUUAACCAUUUAGAGAGUGCAAAACGAGGACAGGAAGGGAACUGUUAUUAGUGGAUGAGGACAGUUGCUCUGCUAAUGGACACGGUGUCUCCCUGGUAGUCCUCUGGGAUGCCUGCACAGGAAUUAGCCAUUUGCAUCCUUAAAUGAGCACUGCUUUUUGUUUUGUUUUGUUUUGUUUUGUUUUGUUUUGUGUUUUGUUUCGUGUUGUUGUUGUUGGGAAACAAUUACUGCUUUAAAUUGCAAGGCAAUUUCUGCCCCCCACCCCCAUUCCAAAUACCAUGAAGUGGAAGGAACAUAAAAAUAUUUUUCUGGCUUUUCUUAGCAAUUGUAAAGCCAAAACCAAAUGCAUUCUAUAAGAGUCAUCUCUGCACAGAACUAUUGAUUGGUAUAACUGGGCUUAAGAUGCACCGUAUCUUGAGCAUCUGCAAUGCAACUUUCAUUACCUGGAUACCAUAGGAACGUCACUGUCUUCCCAUUGCCGCUCUACACACUACGUGGCAGUAAACUGAAGUUCGCCACAGUGUGCUUUCAAGCAAAGAUCUGUGUCAGUCUUGGCUCUCCAACAGUGGGAAUAUUUUCUGGAGUAUAAAUUGGACUUGUGCAUAUUACCUUUUUAGUGGUGCGGCUAGGAUUUUUUUUUUUCUUACAACUUCGUGUUCCUCUGUGUUGUUAUUAUUUGGCUCCCCAAAUCAGGCCUAGCUUCCAGAGGAGAAUUACAUGCUUAAUAUUUAAUUAAUUGAGUUUCCUAUGAAUGGUCAUGCAGUUGGCCAGUUUCAUUUGUUUUUUAAUUAUCAUAGGAGCAAACAGAUAAUGAGCAAUGUAGCAUAGCAUAAAAGCCAUGAUCGUGUUCUUCCUUCCUCUUCAGGGUCAGCCCACCUGUGCCAGCAGUCUAAGCCUUUGAACAUCAGUGAAGCAGCAUUCCAAGAUUUGCAUGUCAGAAGCCUGAGCUGUUUUGCAGGGCAUGCUGGUCCAUGUUCAGUUUCUUGGAAUGACAGCUUAUUUUGCCCUGCCGCCCCAUUCAUUGUUUCCACCCCAUCUUCCUGGCCAUGAGUGACGUUAGAUCCAGAAUCUAUACUCCCCCGUCUCAGCAUGUAGUUCGAAGAAAAGAAUGGAGGCCUCUUGCAAACUGGGAGUGAUGCAGAGAUAAAUCUCUGUGUUGGAAAUAGUAGGUGAAGAGGCCAGCAUUGUCUUAGAACUGGUUGGGAUUUGAUGUGUACAAUUUUCAAAAAUACUUGAGCCAUCAGAAAAAAACACUGAAUAUUUUCUGGGGUGGGGGAGGGAGGGUUGAAGUAAUAACUAAUAAUACCAUCAUUAUAAACUUGUAUUUACUUCAUCACCUGUUGGCCUCAAAAACUGGAAAAUUGUGAUAAUGUAUCCCCCUGCCAGAUUUCUGCCUCUAAUUAUUCUUGUUAUAACUGUUCGGGUUAAAGUGCAGUGAGAGAGAGGAAUUGGAAAUGCUUGCCUGCUCUCUCAAUAUACUUGUUUUGCCUUCACACUUGGUGUCAGUUGUAUCAUCUGCACAAGGGACUGUGUAAAUCCAAAGUAUGUUAGCCAAGCUGUACAAUUAUUCCUUGGAUUUUCUGUCCAGUUUAGCAUGUACACAUCAGGAUUCACGUAGACAGAUCCCCAUGCAAAUAUCUCCCUCUGUGUCUGUGUGUUUAUCUGGGGGCAUGAAGGUGGGCCAGGCAGGGUCUCAGUGAGAUGGGGGAAUAUAAUCCCAUACCAAGUGUCUGAUGGAUGUUGCAGUGGGUGGUAGUUAGCCAUAUGACAUCAACAGAAUAGGAAGGGCUGAACUUCUGAGGCAAUGGGUAUUUUACGGAGUAUUAUGGGUGCCUUGGCAUCUGUUGGCCUAAGCCAUUCAUUUCUCUCCUUAAAUUUCCCAAAUUAAAAUGGAUCUGGACUUUUCAGCCCUGUCCACUCAGGAGGGUGGGGGCUCUCAGGGCUGCAAAUGAUGUGCUGGAGGAUGGUGUGUGGAAGUUUACAUUCAAAGUUGGAAAACUCAAAAAUGCAUUAUACAGUUGUAGGUGCAAUGCUGCUUCAGUGGAGAGCCUAGUUAAAUUUGAUGGCUGGCUUUACCAUAGAAGUUAUUGUCACUGCUACUAAUGAGUCAUCAGUUUGGUUAAUGGGGAAAUAAGUUCCUCCAUUUCUGAAGCCAUGUGGUUUGGCUUGUUUUCAUUUUGCGGAUGUAAAAUGGCAACACCAAUAGCUGCACCGUCUAUAUGGUGCAAAGUGUAAAGAUAACGGGAACGGAAAAUGAGGUAUAUCAGUAGGUAUUUACAUUGCUUUGAAGUUGGUCCUCUGCCUCCUUCUCCUGAAGCGUUUUGAUAAUCAUGAGCCAUAAACUAAAGAGAUAAAUCUCUCUGUGUAAAAUAGCAACUGAACUAUAUGUCCUGGAGAAUUAUGAUUUCUUUAUAUAAAAAUGUGAGCCCUUUAUUUCUUUGAGGGUACUUUAAGGGAUGGGUGGAAGAGUUUGAAAAGGAAUUAUGUAUAUUUUUGGUGCUUGUUGAUUUCUCUCUCUCUCUCUCUCUCUCUUUUGUAAUCUUGUGCAUAAUAUUCACAGUAUGUCAGAUUUUAUUUUUCUAGCUUGGAUAUCCGAUAGAUGCUUAACUGAUCUUGUAAUUAGUUACAAAUUAAUUUGUACAAAUUACAAAUUUUUUGAAAAUUAAAAUUGAACUCAGAUUUAUAUAGUGCAAAUUCUGAAUAGGGACUUUGGGAAUAUUGAUGUUCAGAUAAGAGGUAUUUCAAUUGAAGCUUCAGGUUUAUAAUAAAAUGUGGGGGUUUUACUUAAAUGCAAAGUUUUGGAUCACAGUAGUCUGAUUUCAGUGAUAAAUGUCUUAGGACUUAAAAGAUGAGGAGCUUGGCUUUGGAAAUUAUGCUCCUUGCCAAAACACUAAUGGCAAUUUGGAGGAAGAAGUCCUAGAUGAAAUACUAGUUUUUAGCUGCAGCAGAAACUUAAAGCCUUUUCCUCCCCAUCCCAGAUACUCAGUGAUUACAUUUAUUCCUCUCACUUCCGCCGCUGUUUCAGUUUGUUCUUGGGAGACAUUGAAAUGAUCCCAUAAAAGCAGGGAUCGCUGAACAGAAGCAAGCCCUUGGUCCUGAGAGACAAAUCUAGCCCUUUCAAAAGUACAACUUGAUCUCACCAAAGACAGCCCAUAACCAAGAGAUGAGUUUACCACAAUUAGUGGCUGUGGCAACAAAAUUUUUGGCUUGUUCCCAUUGCAGAAUACAGGAGGGGCUUGACCUACCAGCCUGUUUCCUGUUAUGUCCAAGUCUAGAACUACUUGUUGUGAACCAUCUUGGUUCACUUGUCUGAGUGAUAGUCACUGCCAAGCAGAGUGGCCAGUUGCCAUUAUGGAGUGAUGAUUUAGCAAGUGGAUGAAUGGCCUGACUCAUCCAGAGAAGAUGGAUACUUCUUUGCAGAGGCCUGUGCUUGAUGUUGCUUAGGUUAGAUACUGAUGCCAUUGGCUCAAAAUUUCCCUGCUCUUGCAGUCAGCCAGAUUUUCUCUUUUUUGGCAUCCAUUCUUCCUCCCAAGGAAGCAUUUCAGUGGUUCUUUCUGUCCCUGAGGCCAGGCAGAGAAGGGAAUCUCUGGACUCAAGUCUGCAACUCUCCAUGAUUGGUCCCUUGUUUAGAGGCAGUCUUCUCCUAAAAUAGAAGCGCACCAUUUGCGGCUCCAAGCUAGAGUCAUUAACGUUUGGAGGUUUAGGGCACUGCAAUUGCUUUUAUCUUUUUUUGGACUAAGCUAUAACACAGAUAAAACAUUUGGGAGGCCUGACAGAGUUGAUUCUGGUAAAUCCUCUUAUUAAAAAGAGAAAAUAUUAUUAAACAUACAAGGAUGGGCCAAGAACUUCAAAAUUGCUCACUGUAGUGAUAUCACUGCAUUGCCCUGAUCUGUGGCCAUCAGAAGCUCAAAUAAUUUUUAUAAAGGGGAUUUUGGCCACUUUUUCUGUAGCUAUCUUUCUUCAAGCUGGUCUUACUAACUGUCCAAGUGGCGUGUCUUACAGACCAAAGUGAUAAGAUACAGAGCCAGUCUUAUGCAGGUUGGUGUUCCUCCAAAUAAUUCUCAGAGGGAACAUGUGAAUUUCAAAGCCAUUUCUCCUCAAAUUCCAAGACAAGUAAGGCUCAAAUUUGACAUUGAAAAUUUGAGUAUUGAGGACUAGCCCUGAUUAAAAUUAGAUCUCCCCAAAUCAACAUUAAUGUUUGAAAGUGUCAACAUUUUUAACAGUUCCUUCUGCUUUGGCCAUCCUGGUAUGGGUGGAUCCUUGUAUUAGAGUAAAAUUGUUUCUUCCCUUUCUGAUUCAGAGAAACAUCUCUCAAUUUCUUGUUGAAUCAGCAGGGAGCAGUGAGUGAGUAUCUUUAGGGCCAUCAGAUUUGAGGUUGGAAGAUCAGUUUCUUCAGUGGCAGAAGUCUGGGUCUUGCUUACAAAAAGUAGUGUUUUUUUGUGGGGGCUGUUGUUAGAAUGUGAUUAAGAAGUCGUGGGGAGAAAAAGUCCUAUAAAAGGAUAAGCAGUGAAACAUUGAAGCCUCUGGAGUGUAGGAUAUCCUUGCUAUGCUUACGGCAGAUUCUUGGAAGCAAAUUGUUACUCCUUUUACUAUGGUGUCAAAGGAAUAUGUGCCAUUUGCUGGUAAGGUUAGGAGCCUAACCAUCAGCAAAGCAUGCAGUAAAUGCUGUCCUCUUUUUUGGACAAAAAGCCAGCCUUUCUCAAAUGCCUCAUUCCCCGCCCCCCCCCAUUUUUUUUAUAGCACUUAAUUUUGGAGGGUGAAAAGAAAAACUAGCCUUUCAUAGGAAUCUAGUUGUUACCAGUAUUUUUUUUAAAAAAAUAGGAUAUGUUUUCCCCCUUCUCUUUUACACUUUAUUUCAUGAGCUGGGCAGUACAAUUAGACUGGACAAUAUAUGUCAGUUAUUUUAUUUGUGUCUAUAUUUCUCUCUAUUUUUUAACAAAGAAACUUUGGAAUAUAAUUCUCUCCCUUCUUCACCCCAAAUAUACCCUCCCCCCAGAAAGGGAAAGUUGGAAGGAAGCAAUUUUAGGAAAUACUGCUUCAUCCCUGCUGGUAUUGUAAAUGUUGUAUUUGCAGUGGAGACCAUCCUGUUUUCCCUUCAUAUGGUGUUUCUCAACCUUGGCCACUUGAAGAUGUGUGGACUUCAACUCCCAGAAUUCCCCAGCCAGCCAUGCUGGCUGGGGAAUUCUGGGAGUUGGAAGUCCACACAUCUUCAAGUGGCCAAGGUUGAGAACACUGCCUUCAUAGAAGGCAGCAGGCUUGUAUUAGUAGGUGGGGGAAGCUUUGAGGAAAUAAGGAACAAGAUGUGAACAACGUCUGCCUCCGUUCUUGCUGGUCCCAGCCAUUUUGGUGGCCUGCAUAUGUAAUUAGUCAUCAUUCAGAAGCAAGAGUCUAAGGUGCCCUCUCUUAAUUCAUCUCUGCACCUUCUGCUCACUGGAUUGUCUGUUCUGCUCCUUUUUAGCAAUAUGCUGCAGCCCCCCAUUUUGCUCUCCGCAGCAGUAACCUGCAUGUGCAAAGCGAGGAGAAUUGUCUGCUGGGCCCAGUGCUUUGCUUGGUGUUUGACAUGGAAGAAGCAUUGGCAUGGCAUCUGGGCAGAGAGGGAAGGUUGCCCCUGUCUGGGCUAGGGCAAGGUUUGAGGCACCAUCUUCUGUUAAGUAACAGCCCAUUAGGGCCCUGAACAAGUUCUCUCCCUGCUUUUGCAGAGAAUAGUCUCUUUCCACUCUGCAUGAUCAUGUUACAGGAGGCUGGCAUUGGCAAGGAUUUCAGAACCCAAAGAGAGAAUGAAAGAGAUCCCUAAUUGAAUAUCAAUAUCUAAGCCGCUACUUUUUAUUCUUUUGUGGAAAUUAAAAAGGGCUUGCCAUCUCACAAAUGGGACUGUUUGAGGCUUUUCUCCUGGCUUUGAAAGUAGCAAAAGAAAAAGAGUUUUCAAAUAUUUAGGCUGGCUCCUUUUCCCCUUUUUUGUCCAGCCCAGUCUUUCUAAUUACUUGAAAGAUGGCUAGCUUUUCCAUUGGUUUCGCACAGAACCUUUGGGUAGUGAGAGGACAGUCUUUCUCCGUACUCCCGGUUCAAUAGGAUGCAUCAGUACCCUCUGCAUACUGAGUGCAGCUCCCUAAACUGAGGUUAGCUAAGGUUUUGCUUUUCUUGCUGGAUUAAGGACGUUGGUGCAUUUCUGUUGCCAGAGGAUUUUAGUUUUAAUAUAGUAAUCAUUCCGUGGUCCUCUCUUCUGAAUUAACGAACGGUGCAGUGUUUAAUUCUUCCAUGUUGAUUCUAGCUACUUUGGAUUACAGCACUGUUUCUCAACCUCAGCAACUUUAAGCUGUGUGGACUUCAGUCCCCAGAAUUCCCCCAGCCAGCACACUGGGAGUUGAAGUCCACACAGCUUAAAGUUGCUGAGGUUGAGAAACACUGGAUUACAGGAACAAUUUAUAGAUCUAUACCCGUUUCUUAAAAAUUAACUCGAUCUAAGAUCUGUGAAUACCACUGUGGGCUGGGUAACCCUUUUCUUGUUUUUUGAGGGGGAUGGGGGGAAUUGUGACUUGUGUGCACGUAUAUAUAAACCAUUUUAUUAGCACUAACUGGGGCCUAUUUUCUAUUCAUGCUAUGCACUGUGAACCCUUGAAUUCGUUAUUUCAAACAAAAGCCACAAAUGUGUAGCAAAAUCGGCAUACUGGAAAUACCACCAACCCGGUGCCCCGCAGCUGUGUUGGACUCCAGCUCUCAAAAUUACUAACCAGCAUGGAGACUGGGGAUGAUGGAAACCAGAACACCUCGAUGAGGUUUGGAUGUAUAACUCCAAAAUCCAAUUAAUUUCAUGUGGCCAAAUAAAACAAGUGUCUGCAUUCUAAUAGGAGAAGUGGAAUUGAUUUCCAAAUAAAAGGGCUAUAUGGUUGCACAACGGUGUAUAUAUGUGUACUGAGUGCAGAUGUGUGUGAAUGGCAUGCCUUGUUAGGCAUGUAGAGACAGUUUGCCAGCUCACCCUCUGGGAUCAACAUGCAAUUCUAGGCACAGAUACAACUCUCCCCUAAAACUGAGUGCACACAUUAACUCUAGUGCAGGGCAUUCAUUGGGUAGAGAGCAAGGAAACUACCUUGGCCCUAUCAGCGGCAAUUUUUUUCUACAAAGAGCAAUGCAGAGGUGAGGAGGAAGCCCCUAGAACUAGCCUUCUUAGAAUAUCAAGAAUGGUAAUCCUGUUAAAACCACAGUUGUUAAGAUCUCCUUAAAGCCAAGCUACUCAGUUGGUUUUCUGAACUUGAUUAUUAAGGACUAAGGUGGUGAGUAUGGCUUUUUGAACUUCUUGCUUAAAAUAUGAGAAAUUUUGAAAAAAAAAAAGGCAUGAAGGUAGGAGUGGCUGGAUAGUUGUUGCAAUCUGCAAACCGCUGCUCUUUGGAUGGUGAUAUGCUAUCAAACCUAAGGGGAGUGGGAAUCUGUUGUAUCGUGAAUUGCUAUCUAAUUGGAGCUUUUAUUUUGAUUGUCUUCCAAGUAUUAUUUUUUAUUGUAAACAAGAAAUGUGAAAUGUAAUUUUUACAACAGCAAUAUGAAAUAUAUUUUAUAAUAAAAGGAUAUGGCCUGGUA